AUGCAGCUUGGGUCAAAGACCUUGUCAUUCACGUGCAGCGACUGCAGCACGUGCACCUUUAACAAGCGCUUCACUGGCUACGGAUACAAGGAUGGUUAUGUCGACACCACCGUCACAUACCACCCAACGGACUUGUGUGCCACCAAGAACAGGGGCGGCUGCGGCACAAGCAACAUCGACACGUGCACGUGUGUCGCUGACAGCCAAGUGUUGUGCGGUUGCGCAGCCGAUUAUGAACUGAAGGACGGCAUCUGCUCCCCAAUCAACAACUGCGAAGCGCCAGGCUACGGUCAUUGCCAUCCGAGCUCCGAAGAGUGCGUGUACACGGGCCCAGGCACCAACACGUGCAAGUGCAAGGACGGGUAUGAGCCGAUAUUCUCGGCAUCGCCAACACCGUGUCGGGAGAUUGACCUGUGCACCGCAAGUGACGUCUCGCCGUGUGGCGACAACUCCGUCUGCACAAAGACCGGCCCAGGAACAUACACCUGCGCGUGUGCAACUGGAUAUUCCUCAGCGAACGCCAGUGCCGACUGCGUUCCCAUUGAUCCCUGCACGAACGAGGAUGGCACGCCCUCCAACGUGUGCGGGCAUCGCGCCACCUGCACUUAUACAGGUCCAGGCAUGCACACAUGCACGUGCGACGACAACUUUGAGCUCACGGCGCCGGCGACGUGCACGCCAAUCAACCCGUGCAAGACGAACAACGGCGGCUGCAUCUCUGCCACGUGUGUGUUCACGGGACCGGGGCAGCGCACAUGCGAAUGUCUGCCAGGAUACGAGAAGCUCUCUCCAAACAGCAUCGAAUGCAUUGAGAAGGACGUGUGCAAGGAGAACAACGGCGGCUGUGGACCUCCAACAACCACGCGGUGUGCUGUGAGCAACGGCACGCGCACAUGCUCGUGCUUCGAGGGAUACACAUCCCCAACUGGCGAAAACUGUGUCGAGAUCAACCCUUGCAUCGUUGAAAAUGGUGGCUGUGGCUCGGAGGACGCAGUCAGGUGUGUUCACGUUGGGCCCAACAUGGCCGAGUGUGAGUGCAAGCCAGGCUUCACCGGCAACCCGCCAUACACCCCGUGCAAAACGACUGCCACGUGUGCAGUUGGGGAUGUCUGUGGUGACAACGCCGUGUGCAUGACGCUGGCCGAUGGCACAAGCACGGAGUGCACGUGCUUGCCCGGGCACACACGCACACACCCAGACGAUGUGCACUGCAUCUCUGUGUUACCACUUCACCCAACGAAGGCAGCCAAUGACACGGCCAUCCCUACCGCACACGCCACAGCACCGGGUGCCCUCAACGCAACACACAUGCCACCACCAUCUUCCACAGGCACACCACCGCCCGCGUCAUCAUCCUCGUCACGCCAGUCGCCAUCAAUGCUGCUGAUUGCUGGCAGCGGCGGCGGCGCUGUGCUGCUGAUUGUGCUUGUUGUUGGCAUUGUCCUCAUUGUCCGCUCCCGCCGUCGCCGUGUGCUUGCGUCCACGUUUUCCAAGACGCCGAGCACCCGCCAUGCCGCAGGGACCAGCAACGGCGAUACGGCGCUGUGCGUCAACGAGCUCUUCGCAGCUACGUCAACCGCCACCACCACGGUUGCGUCGUCCCAAGCAGCGCUGCGUCUCCCUCUACAGCAGCAACAGCAACGCAUCUACGCAGUGCCCAGCACCCCACCACCUGUCAGGCCGGACGCACGCCCGCGGCACUAUGACAUGGGCGACGACUAUGACAUGGGUGAUGACUAUGACAUGGGUGAUGAUUAUGACAACGUCAACGAGCAACAACAGCCCGCGUACGAAGAGCCCAGCGCUGCACCAAAGACACUGCCGCCAAUCGGGCCACGCACACAGCAGCGGCACUACGACAUGGGUGAUGAUGACGGCAACGAGGACGAGUACGGAUGGCACACCUCGACCUCGGGUGCUGUUGGUGACGCUGCCGGGCACAUGCGCACGUCCCAGGCACAGCAAGGCGCUGAGCGUAUGAUGCGCGAUGAGUACUUUGACGUUGACAUUGCAUCUGAUCAGGACGAUGGCAGUGAUGGCAAUGACCAGCAAGGUGGGGCGUGUCCUACUCCCAGCAAUUACCUGCAACUGCAAUUACAUGAGCAUGGCGCGACUGCUGAGAGAACAGCGCCAGAUGUGGUGGGCUACGACAAUGUGCACUCGCAGGUCGAGCACCAGUACGACAUGCCACACGUGCCGGCUGAUACUGACGCGGACGCAUAUGCUGUGCGCCCAGCCUCCUACUCGCGCAAGACGCGACACCGGCAGCCAUGGCAGCAACAGCAAGUGCAGCUUCGUGCGAGGGGAGCGAUGCAACCAGUGCCUGCAAGACUAUCGUCAUCGCCGCCACCGCUUCCGCCACCACGAUCGACGACGCAAGCAACAAGGGAGGCUUUGCCAACGACAGGUGCUGCGUAUGACCACCCCUCUGUCACGCCAAUCACAUACGCAGAACCAGCGCAACUGGCCCAGCAUCGCCCGCGCCCACGCAAAGACCUGCAAGCGAGAGGAAUGCAUCGCUGGGAAGCAGCGAAAUACGACAUUGCAAUUGAUGAUCAACGCCCCGCGAGAGAAAUGCAUCGCUGGAAGGCUGCGGAGUACGACAUUGCAAAUGAUGAUCAGCGCCCUGCUGGGCCUGUUGGAUCGUGGAUGCUGGGUGCUGCCAUUGGAGAUGACGACACCACAGAACAGCGACAGGAUCAAGUUGUGGCGGAGGCCCUCGCACUCAUGCGCUCAAAUGGAGAGUUGAGGAAGAACGUCCUAUCGUCAAAGGUGAACGCCUCUCGCCGGGAAAGGCAGAACCAACCAGCGAUCGAACAGCAAACGCAGGCAGCAGAGACCGACCACAGCAACCUCAAGACAAGACACGAAGACAAGACCUCAAUCCUACUAGAUCCUAGUGUCACAAGCCCUACCGUGUCCGACUCAUCAAGAGAUACGCUGUCAACGCAGCAGGGAACAACAACAGCAACGACGACAAUGCCAGGCAUUGCACACUUUCUUCAGGCUGACGCCGACUCUGAAGUGGAGCAGCCUCAGCAGCAAGAACUGCAGCCGAUGCACUCUGCCGUUGAACUGGUUGAACAAGGACACCCCCACUCAACAGCCACCACCGCGACCGGAACCACGGCCGCAGCUAGCGCUGAUGUCACAGCAAGCACAUCACCUGGAGCCCAAGGGACCACACGGAAUCCGUUUGCAGAGGAGGCACCGUUUGUGUUUGCUGGGCAGCCCCGCCACAUCAGCGGGGAUGUUCAGUUUGCGCAACAGUUUGCACCGAAUCCUGCUUCGGCAAACCUUCCCACUGCCACGCCACCUGCUCGGGGUCCUGCGACGAUGCCAGAUGUGUCUGCGCCCAGCGCAACAGCAUCCACCCUACGAGCAUGGAAUGUUGGAGGCUUUGGACAGACGGACACAGACGCGCACGUGGAGCUACAGGGCGUUCGACGCAUGAAUCCCACCACCACCGCCGCUCCCCGUGCCGUGGGGCUGCAAGCGUUUCGGCCGUCCACUGCUGUUGGUGGCCGGACGUACAGCAGGAACCGCCUUGUGCUGGCGGCUAUCGGUGCCGUCUGCAUCUUGGCACUUGUGAUUGGGAUCCCUGUGGGCAUCACCUCAUCGUCGUCAUCGUCGUCAUCGUCGUCCUCGUCAUCCUCUUCCGAAGCAGCUCACCCCCUGGACUGCUCAAACUACCCCACGCGUCAACAGUUCCGUGACAUGUCCUACAAGAAAGCGACCCACGUUCUCAGGUGCUGUUGUCCCGAAUUCUACAGCUUGCGCAAGGUCAAAGGUCUCGUAUCCUUGAGCGGAGCGCAGACCACGAUCAAGUUUGGCUCAAUACGCUCAAUCGGCGGUGAUGUGCGCGGCUCGGGCGGUCCUGUUCUGAUCGUCGACUUUGGCAAGGUCACAUCCAUUGCAGGCACCCUCAAUCUCAACCACAACCACCUCUCCACCAUCAACUUCAAGAAAAUCAAGGAGAUUGGCGCAUUGGACUUGAGCCACAACCAGCUGACGGCGGUGAACUUGCGCCGGGUCCGCACUGUUGCUGGUCGUGUUGACUUGAGUCACAACCAGCUGACCUUCAUGGACUUUAAGCAUGCGGUCACCGUACUCAGCAGUGUCGACCUGAGUCACAACCACCUUACAUCCUGUGACUUUGGAAACGUUGAGUCCAUUGGCGGCGAGAUUGAUUUGCGAGACAAUGCCUUCCAAACACUCGAGACCCUCCAAUUUCGAAGCUUGACAACCAUCAGAGGGCUGGUGCUCAGCGCGAACCGGCUGACGUCUGUGAACAUUGAAGGCCCAACGACCAUGUUUGGCACGUUGACACUCAGCUACAACCAGCUUUCGACCCUUGACGUUCGUGGAACCGUCACAACCGUGGCGGGUGGUGUGCUUCUCGACCACAAUGACCUCCACAGCCUCAAGUUUUCCUCGAUCAUUCGCAUUGGCGGGGUGCUAGACUUGACCGGCAACAACCAGCUGACCACACUGGAUGUUGGAAGCGUUUCAUCCAUAGGUGGCCAAAUUGCCCUGGGCACCACCCCGCACUUGGCAGUCGUAAACCUGGGAAGCCUUACGCUGCUGGCGUCGUCGCUGACAGUUCGUGGCAGCCUGACGCAGUUUGACAUUGGCGAUGUGACCUCCGUUGCUGGGCAGAUUGAUCUGCGUGGCAAUCAUCUGACCUCCCUUGAUUUGAGUGGCCUGAAGGUGGUCGCCACUUACUUAUCCCUGCAGAACAACCGAUUGUCGUUCCUGAAUUUGGGCAGCAUCGAGCACAUUGGCAGAGGCGUCUAUGUUCGGGGAAAUCCCCUGUCUGUCAUCCACUUUGAUGCGGGUACAACGUUGAGGUCGGAUCUCACGCUCGGGUACAGCCACAACCACCCGUCAUUUGGGAUACGUGGUCUGACCACUGUUUCCGGCAGUUUGAAACUACUUGGGGAUCAUCUCGUGCGAUUUGACUUUGGCGACCUGCACACUGUUUCAGGAAACAUAGAUCUGCGCCGCAACAACUUCACGGAAAUAGCGCUGAGCAACGUCGCGUCUGUCGGCGGCGACAUCAAGCUUCAGAGCAGCGACAGGUUGACCAGCAUCGACCUUGCUGGCUUGAGGGAGCUGGGUGGUGCCAUUGCUUUCGGCGAACUGCCAAAGCUGCAAGUGCUGCGCAUGGGCAGAUUAACGACGCUCCCACAGAACCUCAGGGUUGUCAAUGCGCAGCUCACGCACGUUGAUUUUGGUGAGCUGACGAGGGUGGAAGGUCAUGUCCUCUUGUACGGCAACAAGCUGACGGCGCUUGAGUAUGGGCGGCUGGAGGUGAUCACCGGCAAUCUGGAUGUGCGGGAUAACCCGCUGACCUCUUUCAACAGCGAUGAGUGGAACAUGAUUGUUCAAGGGCAAGUGUUCAUGUGA